AUGAAGAAAAUGAAGUACGUGCUGGUGACCGGCGGAGUAGUGAGUGGACUAGGGAAAGGAGUGACGGCCAGCAGCAUCGGCUUACUUCUCAAGGCUUGUGGGCUUCGCGUUACUUCUAUCAAGAUUGAUCCUUAUUUGAAUAACGAUGCUGGAACCAUGUCUCCCUUUGAGCACGGUGAAGUCUUUGUCUUGGACGAUGGUGGUGAGGUGGACCUGGACCUUGGGAAUUAUGAGCGCUUUCUAAAUGUCAAACUCACCCGCGACAAUAACAUCACCGCCGGGAAGAUUUACCGAGUAAGUUGCUUAAGCUUCACGUCUCUUCUAUAUUUCUUCUAUCUAAUUCUAACCGAUACUAAUAUUGAGUGUCAGUUCGUUCUUGACAAGGAGAGAAAGGGAGACUAUCUUGGGAAAACUGUUCAGGUCGUUCCUCACAUUACAGAUGCCAUUCAAGAAUGGAUUGAACGCGUGGCGAUGAUUCCGGUCGAUGGAAAGGAAGGUCCAGCUGAUGUUUGUGUCAUAGAAUUAGGUGGAACAAUAGGAGACGUCGAAUCCAUGCCGUUUAUAGAGGCGUUAGGCCAGUUCUCAUGCCGUGUAGGUGCUGGCAACUUCUGUCUCAUUCAUGUCAGCCUGGUACCUGUUCUGAACGUUGUUGGUGAACAAAAAACAAAGCCCACGCAGCACAGUGUUCGUGGAUUGAGAGGCCUGGGAUUGACACCGAAUAUCUUAGCUUGUCGCAGUACAACGGCACUUGAUGACAAUGUGAAAGAAAAACUCUCUCAAUUUUGUCAAGUUUCGGCAGAAAAUAUUAUCACUCUUUAUGAUGUUCCCAACAUCUGGCACAUCCCUUUGCUACUGAGAGAUCAGAAGGCUCACGACGCAAUUUUCAAAGUGAUUAAUCUUCCAAGUGUCACCAAGGAGCCUGCUUUAAAGGAGUGGACAACUAGGGCUGAAAUUUGUGAUAGUUUACACGAGCCGGUCACAAUUGCUAUAGUGGGGAAGUACACAGGCCUUUCUGAUACCUAUCUCUCUAUACUGAAGGCUCUGUUGCAUGCUUCUGUUGCCUGUGGCAAGAAACUUGUUGUGGACUGGGUUCCUGCCAGUGACCUAGAAGAUGUAACCGAAAUAGAGAAUCCUGAUGCUUAUAAGGCUGCAUGGAAGUUGUUAAAGAGUGCAGAUGGUGUUCUUGUUCCUGGAGGGUUUGGCGACAGAGGGGUGCAAGGCAAAAUUCUUGCAGCAAAGUAUGCACGGGAGAACAGAAUUCCUUAUCUUGGAAUAUGUCUGGGAAUGCAGAUUGCUGUCAUCGAGUAUGCACGAUCAGCUCUAGGAUUGAAGGAUGCUAACAGCACCGAGUUCAAUCCUAACACCCGCAGUCCUUGUGUUAUAUUUAUGCCCGAGGGCUCGAAAACGCAUAUGGGCGGUACAAUGCGUCUUGGAUCAAGAAGGACCUAUUUCCAUGCCCCGGACAGCAAAUCUGUGAAAUUAUAUGGGAAUAGAAGAUUCAUAGAUGAGAGACAUAGGCAUAGAUACGAGGUAAACCCCGAUAUGGUAGCACGACUCGAAAAUGCCGGCCUGUCUUUCACCGGAAAGGACGAAACCGGUCAGCGCAUGGAGAUUGUAGAACUAACUGAUCAUCCAUACUACAUUGGUGUUCAAUUCCAUCCCGAAUUUAAAUCGAGACCGGGAAAACCUUCUGCCUUGUUCUUAGGCUUAAUAGCUGCAACUUGUGGGGAAUUAGAGGGCGUGUUGAAGGUGAAGUGUGAGAAUGGGAAGAAGAAAGUAUACCAAAAUGGAUAUGCUACAAAAGCUGCAAAUAUAAUAAGAGAUGAUAUAUACAGUUAUUGCAAUGGUGUGCAUUCCUGA